GUGGCCGACCCUUGCAGUGUCAGUAAGUGACGCGUUUGGCGCUGGCUGACACAGCGGUACCUUGGCUGCGUCUGUGUCAGUACAGCACCGCAGACAGCAUCUCCUGUGUCAUCGCAGUGAGCCAGUGAACGCACCUGAGAGCAGGAAGCAAAGUGUCUUCCAGGGUGAGCUGCUAUGGGGAAGGAGAAGCUCCACAUAAACAUUGUGGUAAUUGGACAUGUCGACUCAGGCAAGUCCACCACCACCGGCCACCUCAUCUACAAGUGUGGGGGCAUUGACAAGAGAACAAUCGAAAAGUUUGAGAAGGAAGCUGCUGAGAUGGGAAAGGGUUCCUUCAAAUAUGCCUGGGUCCUGGACAAGCUGAAGGCAGAGCGUGAGCGCGGUAUCACCAUUGACAUCUCUCUUUGGAAGUUUGAGACCAGCAAGUACUACGUUACCAUCAUUGAUGCUCCAGGGCACAGGGACUUCAUCAAGAACAUGAUCACUGGGACUUCUCAGGCUGACUGCGCUGUGCUGAUUGUGGCCGCGGGCGUGGGCGAGUUUGAAGCUGGCAUCUCAAAGAACGGGCAGACUCGUGAACAUGCCCUGCUUGCCUACACCCUGGGAGUGAAGCAGCUCAUCGUGGGUAUCAACAAGAUGGAUUCCACUGAGCCCAACUACAGCCAGAAGCGCUAUGAGGAGAUUGUGAAGGAAGUCAGCACUUACAUCAAGAAGAUUGGCUAUAACCCUGACACUGUGGCCUUUGUGCCCAUCUCUGGCUGGAACGGAGACAACAUGCUCGAACCCAGCCCUAAUAUGACCUGGUUUAAGGGCUGGAAGAUCAACCGUAAAGAUGGUAAUGCCUCAGGCACCACACUGCUGGAGGCCCUGGAUGCCAUCCAGCCUCCCACACGCCCCACCGACAAGCCCCUCCGCCUGCCUCUGCAGGACGUCUACAAGAUUGGAGGCAUUGGGACUGUACCAGUGGGCAGAGUAGAGACAGGAAUCCUAAAACCUGGCAUGGUGGUGACCUUUGCCCCUGUCAAUGUGACCACUGAGGUCAAGUCUGUGGAGAUGCACCAUGAGGCCCUGACUGAGGCGCUGCCUGGUGACAAUGUGGGCUUUAAUGUCAAGAAUGUGUCUGUCAAGGACAUUCGCCGUGGCAACGUGGCUGGAGACAGCAGGAGCGACCCACCACAGGAGGCAGCCAGCUUCACCUCUCAGGUGAUUAUCCUGAACCACCCUGGUCAGAUCAGUGCUGGCUAUGCUCCCGUGCUGGACUGCCACACUGCGCACAUUGCGUGCAAGUUUGCGGAGCUAAAGGAAAAGAUUGACCGUCGCUCUGGUAAGAAGCUCGAAGAUAACCCCAAGUUCCUGAAGUCUGGAGAUGCUGCCAUCGUGGACAUGAUCCCUGGCAAGCCCAUGUGUGUGGAGAGCUUCUCUGAGUAUCCACCACUGGGGCGGUUUGCAGUCCGUGACAUGCGUCAGACCGUGGCCGUGGGAGUGAUUAAAGGUGUGGAAAAGAAAGCCCCCACCAGUGGUAAGGUCACCAAGUCCGCACAGAAGGCACAGAAGGUCAAAUGAACGUUGUGCUGGGCUGCUGCCCCAAACGCUCACCGUGGCCGAAGACACACUAGCACCCUGCACCUUCUGCACACCAUAGUCAGCGUCUGGUCUAUUAUCACAAUGCAUCGCAAAAGCAGACGUAGGAAAAAAAUAACUACCAUAUUGUUAGUGAUAAACAUGUUACUACACUGUUCUAUGUAGGUUUUAGUGUCACCCUGUUUGUGGCAGAACAACACAAGACAUUUGCAUUACGGCUCUCUGAUUGUGUGCUGCUGUAGUGAGAAUUAGGCUGCUCAUUGAUCUAGCCAACAAAUGUAGCUGUUAAGCACCAGUAAUAAAGCAGAGAUGUUUUUUGCCAGGUCUUUGUUGAAGUAAUGCUCAGUGUUCCAGCUUUAAAAGAGAAAUGCUAACUAGCCAGAUGUAGAUUGGCUGCUUGCAUGUUCCCUGUUUGCACCUUAGAGAAACUCUUUGUGUGAUACCUUACAUCUUCAUGCUGAAGCCACAGUAUCUCUCUUCAAUGUUAGAGUUACUGUUUAGUUCAUGCACCUUAAUCACUGUUGUGUGUGAGCACAUGUUCAUAAGAGUAAAGAUGUUUAAACAGUA